CUUUUGUAAAAUUUAAACUAAAAAAAUAUUAUUUUAGUCCAUUUAAUGAGACGCCUGUGGAUGAAAAUCGCCAAAAUGAAAUAAAUGACAGUUUAGGUAGAACAAUGUCAAAAUUUAAGUGAAAUCGAUCACAUAACAUGAGCAUAUUAGAUAAUUGUUACUUGCCAUUUCAAUCUAAAGAAUAUAUUUCGAAAGUCUGUUGCGAUAUCAUUGAGGAUAUCCUAAGGACAACAUACGACGAAGAAAAUCCCUUGACAACUGCCCUAGAAAAGUGUACACAAGGAACACAGACGGAUCCUAUUUGCGAGCGUCAGUCAGAAACAGUCGAGGAAAAUCACCGUAAGGCUGAUCCUUCGCCAAAUACUGCUCAGGGCUGGAAGAAAUGGUGGAAAUUCGAAAAUUGAGACUUGCUGUUGAAGACUGUUUUGAACCUUCUCAGGAACCCACUCUUUUUGAUGCAGACUUAUUUGAUAGAACCGAAGAAGACUACGAAUUUAUGCCAGCACUUGAAGAUUUCGAAGAAGAGGAAGACGACGACGAUACCGAUAAUUUUAUGAAAAACAUUAUUUCUCUGCGGAAAAUUCAAGACGCCCUUGAUCAUAUAGAAUUUACGCUAUCAGAAUUUAUGAUCAAGAAAAGAUUCACCUUCAUGGAUAGAAAUAUAUUUAGCUUGAAUAAUAGAGGAAUGAGAGACCAACAUCAGGAAGAUCCUCUGUUGGAAGAUCCGGAUUUACCGGAAAAUCUUAGAAGGGCAGCUUUUAUCAUGUCUCAAGGAGACAACAGACAACUAGAGGAUUUAAUAAGAACGGUCAAUCAGAAUAUCGUUGUUAAUGUCAAUAUGUCUUUUUAUUUCAAAAUCAUGAUUCUGAUGUUGACUGCUAAUACAGUGUUGUUGUUUAAGUGGAUUAUUUGGGAUCAAAUCUCAGAAUUAUUUUGUUAAAAGUUGUUUAUCUUGUAACAGUAAGAUUUUCUAUGUAUGUUAAUAAACGUAACAUUUUUCGAUUAA